GGGAAGGCGUUUCCGGUGUCCGGUGCUGGCAUCUAUGAAAUCACAUUGAGACCGGCGCAGACUGCUGUCUGCCCCCAUCCCCAUCGCAGCCCUGUCUCUCCCAGCUGGCACCAUGGCCUUUGUGCCCACACCCAGCCCCACCGUAGUGGACCAAACCACACUCAUGAAGAAGUACCUGCAAUUUGUGGCAGCACUCACAGACACCAACACACCUGAUGAGACUAAACUGAAGAUGAUGCAGGAGGUCAGCGAGAACUUUGAGAAUGUGACCUCUUCACCCCAAUACUCCACUUUCUUGGAACACAUCAUCCCUCGCUUCCUCACUUUCCUCCAAGAUGGAGAGGUGCAAUUCCUGCAGGAGAAACCAACACAGCAACUUAGAAAGCUGGUGCUAGAGAUCAUUCACCGCAUCCCGACAAAUGAGCACCUUCGGCCACACACCAAGAACAUCUUGUCUGUGAUGUUCCGCUUCCUAGAGAUUGAGAGCGAGGAGAAUGUGCUGAUAUGUCUCCGCAUCAUUAUUGAGCUGCACAAGCAGUUCCGUCCUCCGAUCUCUCAAGAGAUUCAUCACUUUCUGGACUUUGUGAAGCAGAUUUACAAAGACCUGCCAAAAGUUGUUGCGCGGUACUUUGAGAACCCCCAGGUGAUUGCUGAGAACACGGUGCCCUCCCCAGAAAUGGUGGGCAUGAUCACCUCUGUUCUGGUCAAGACGGCUCCAGAGAGGGAGGACAGUGAAACACGAACUCACACCAUCAUCCCACGGGGUUCGUUGUCUUUAAAGGUUCUGGCUGAACUACCCAUCAUAGUGGUUUUGAUGUACCAGCUUUACAAACUGAACAUUCACAAUGUGGUGUCGGAAUUCGUCCCGCUCAUCAUGAACACCAUCAUGCUCCAGGUCUCUCCACAGGCCAGGCAGCACAAGCUUUAUAACAAGGAGCUGUAUGCUGACUUCAUCGCUGCGCAGAUCAAGACCCUGUCCUUCCUGGCCUAUAUCAUCCGCAUUUAUCAGGACCUGGUGGGGAAGCACUCUCAGCAGAUGGUAAAGGGAAUGCUCCAGCUGCUGACCAACUGUCCCUCUGAGACUGCUCAUCUCCGUAAAGAGCUGCUCAUCGCAGCCAAGCACAUCCUCACUACUGACCUACGCAGUCAGUUCAUACCAUGCAUGGACAAACUUUUUGAUGAAUCCAUCCUGAUUGGUUCUGGCUACACUGCUCGGGAAACUCUGCGACCCCUUGCCUACAGCACAUUAGCAGACCUGGUGCACCAUGUGCGGCAGAACCUACCGCUGACAGACCUGUCGCUGGCUGUGCAGCUUUUCGCCAAGAACAUAGAUGAUGAGUCGCUGCCCAGCAACAUCCAGACAAUGUCCUGCAAGCUGCUGCUUAACCUGGUGGAUUGCAUCCGCUCCAAAUCAGAGCAGGAGAACGGCAAUGGCCGUGACAUUCUGAUGAGGAUGUUGGAGGUGUUUGUGUUAAAGUUCCACACCAUCGCACGCUACCAGCUUGUCACCAUCUUCAAAAAAUGUAAGCCCCAGUCAGAGAUGGGCGUUGUUGAUCCAGGGGCUUUACCUGGUGUCCCGGCCACUCCCACCCCCUCCACCACCCCUGCUCUCCCUCCCCCUGCUCCUCCCACACCUGUCACCUCCGCGCCUCCUGCCCCUGCCACCCCUUUCGACCGUCCUGGAGAGAAGGAGGACAAGCAGACGUUCCAGGUGUCGGACUGCCGCAGUUUGGUGAAGACUCUGGUGUGUGGGGUGAAGACCAUCACGUGGGGUAUCACCUCCUGCAAGGCCCCUGGAGAAGCUCAGUUCAUUCCCAAUAAACAGCUCCAGCCCAAAGAGACUCAGAUCUACAUCAAGCUGGUGAAGUAUGCCAUGCAGGCGUUGGACAUCUACCAGGUACAGGUUGCCAACAACCAGCAGACUUAUAUAAGGGUGGCCAACUGCCAGACGGUCCGGAUGAAAGAGGAGAAGGAGGUGCUGGAGCACUUUGCUGGCGUCUUCACUAUGAUGAACCCGCUCACCUUUAAAGAGAUCUUCCAGACCACCGUGCCCUACAUGGUGGAGAGGAUCUCCAAGAAUUAUGCACUACAGAUUGUGGCAAACUCCUUUUUGGCCAACCUGUCCACGUCAGCUCUGUUCGCCACCAUCCUGGUGGAGUACCUGCUAGAGAGACUGCCAGAGAUGGGCUCCAACGUGGAGCUCUCCAACCUCUACCUCAAGCUCUUCAAACUGGUCUUCGGCUCAGUGUCACUCUUUGCUGCUGAAAAUGAACAGAUGCUGAAGCCCCACCUCCAUAAAAUUGUCAACAGCUCCAUGGAGCUGGCCCAAUCAGCUAAGGAGCCCUACAACUACUUCCUGCUCCUCCGAGCGCUAUUCCGCUCCAUAGGUGGAGGAAGUCAUGACCUGCUCUACCAGGAGUUCCUGCCACUCUUACCAAACUUGCUACAAGGCUUGAACAUGCUGCAAAGUGGUCUCCACAAGCAGCACAUGAAGGACUUGUUUGUUGAGCUGUGUCUGACAGUGCCGGUCCGUCUGAGCUCUCUGCUGCCUUACCUGCCCAUGCUGAUGGACCCACUGGUGUCCGCUCUCAACGGCUCGCAGACCCUGGUCAGCCAGGGCCUCCGCACCCUAGAGCUGUGUGUGGACAACCUCCAACCUGACUUCCUCUACGACCACAUCCAGCCUGUCAGGGCUGAACUAAUGCAGGCCCUGUGGCGUACCCUGCGCAACCCAGCAGAGACCAUCUCCCACGUAGCUUACCGGGUACUGGGGAAGUUUGGCGGCAGUAACAGGAAGAUGCUGAAGGAGUCCCAGAGACUGCAGUAUGUCGUGACCGAGGUCCAAGGACCCAGUAUAAAGGCAGAGUUCACUGACUGCAAGGCAUCUAUUCAGCUACCCAUGGAGAAGGCGAUAGAAACAGCUCUGGACUGUCUGAAGAGUGCCAACACAGAGCCCUACUACAGGCGGCAGGCCUGGGAGGUCAUCAAGUGUUUCCUGGUAGCCAUGACAAGUCUGGACGACAACAAGCACGCUCUCUAUCAACUGCUUUCACACCCCAACUUCACAGAGAAGUGGAUCCCCAAUGUGAUCAUAUCUCACCGUUACAAGGCGCAGGACACACCUGCUCGCAGGACUUUUGAGCAGGCACUGACAGGGGCGUUUAUGUCAGCGGUGAUAAAGGACCUGAGGCCCAGCGCACUGCCCUUUGUGGCCAGCCUCAUCCGACACUACACCAUGGUGGCGGUGGCCCAACAAUGUGGUCCUUUCCUGCUUCCUUGCUACCAGCCAGGCAGCCAGCCCAGCACCGCCAUGUUCCACAGUGAGGAGAAUGGCUCUAAGGGUAUGGACCCAUUGGUUCUGAUCGAUGCCAUAGCUAUCUGCAUGGCCUACGAGGAGAAGGAGCUGUGUAAGAUUGGAGAGGUGGCCCUGGCAGUAAUCUUUGAUGUGGCCAGCAUCAUCCUGGGCUCCAAGGAGAGGGCUUGCCAGCUGCCCCUGUUUUCCUACAUAGUGGAGCGUCUGUGUGCCUGCUGUUAUGAACAGGCAUGGUACGCCAAGCUGGGUGGCGUGGUCUCCAUCAAGUUCCUGAUGGAGAGGCUGCCCCUCAUCUGGGUGCUUCAGAAUCAGCUCACCUUUCUCAAAGCCUUGCUGUUUGUCAUGAUGGACCUCACAGGAGAGGUGUCCAAUGGAGCAGUGGCCAUGGCCAAGACAACUCUGGAGCAGCUGCUGGUGCGCUGUGCCACCCCCUUGAAGGACGAGGAGAAGACCGAAGAGUUGCUUGCUGCCCAGGAUAAGUCCUUCCACAUGGUCACACAUGACCUGGUUCGAGAGGUCACCUCCCCCAACUCUACUGUCAGAAAGCAGGCCAUGCACUCCCUGCAGGUCCUGGCUCAGGUCACCGGCAAGAGCGUCACCAUUAUCAUGGAGCCGCAUAAAGAGGUCUUGCAGGACAUGGUUCCCCCUAAGAAGCACCUGCUGCGCCACCAGCCUGCCAAUGCCCAGAUUGGCUUGAUGGAGGGCAAUACCUUCUGCACCACCCUGCAGCCCCGCCUCUUCACCAUGGACCUCAACGUCAUGGAGCAUAAAGUCUUUUACACUGAGCUGUUGAACCUGUGUGAAGCAGAGGAUGCUGCACUGAUGAAGCUGCCAUGCUAUAAGAGCCUUACCUCUCUGGUUCCCCUCCGCAUUGCCGCCCUCAAUGCCCUGGCAGCCUGUAACUACCUGCCCCAGUCCAGAGAGAAGAUCAUUGCUGCCCUGUUCAAAGCCCUCAACUCCACCAACAGUGAACUGCAGGAGGCCGGGGAGGCCUGCAUGAGGAAGUUCCUGGAGGGUGCCACCAUCGAGGUGGAUCAGAUCCACACUCAUAUGCGCCCCCUAUUGAUGAUGCUGGGUGACUACCGCAGCCUUACGCUCAACGUUGUGAAUCGCCUCACCUCUGUCACGCGACUCUUCCCCAACUCCUUCAAUGACAAGUUCUGCGACCAGAUGAUGCAACACCUGAGGAAGUGGAUGGAGGUGGUGGUAAUCACGCACAAGGGAGGGCAGCGCAGUGAUGGCAGUGAGAUGAAGAUCUGUUCAGCCAUUAUCAACCUGUUCCACCUGAUUCCAGCAGCACCCCAGACUCUGGUCAAACCUUUGCUGGAGGUGGUCAUGAAGACCGAGAGAGCCAUGCUCAUUGAGGCUGGCAGUCCAUUCAGGGAGCCUUUGAUCAAGUUCCUGACACGUCACCCAUCUCAGACGGUGGAGCUUUUCAUGAUGGAGGCCACUCUCAAUGACCCGCAGUGGAGCCGCAUGUUCAUGAGUUUCCUGAAGCACAAAGAUGCCAAGCCCUUAAGAGAUGUUCUGGCCUCCAACCCCAGCCGCUUUGUCCCCCUGCUGGUACCCGCUGGUACCGCAGCCACUGUUCGGCCCGGAUCACCCUCCACCAAUACUGCCAGACUGGACCUGCAGUUCCAGGCCAUCAAGAUCAUCAGCAUCAUAGUGAAGAAUGAUGAGGGCUGGCUGGCAGGGCAGCACUCCCUGGUGAGCCAGCUGAGACGGGUCUGGGUCAGUGAGGCCUUCCAGGAGAGACACAGAAAAGACAACAUGGCUGCCACCAACUGGAAGGAGCCCAAGCUGUUGGCCUACUGUCUGCUCAGCUACUGCAAGCGCAACUUCUCAGAGAUCGAGCUGCUGUUCCAGCUGCUGCGAGCCUUCACAGGUCGUUUCCUGUGCAACAUGACCUUCCUGAAGGAAUAUAUGGAGGAGGAGAUCCCCAGGACCUACUCCAUUACCCAUAAACGGGCCCUCUUCUUUCGUUUUGUGGAGUUUAAUGACCCGCACUUCAAUGAUGAGCUCAAAGCUAAGGUCCUGCAGCACAUCCUGAACCCAGCCUUCCUGUACAGCUUUGAGAAAGGCGAGGGGGAGCAGCUUCUCGGACCCCCCAACCCUGAAGGAGACAACCCUGAGAGCAUUACCAGUGUCUUCAUUACCAAGGUGCUGGACCCAGAGAAGCAGGCUGACCUGCUGGACUCUUUGCGGAUCUACUUGCUCCAGUUCUCCACCCUGCUGGUGGAGCAUGCGCCCCACCACAUCCACGACAACAACAAGUCACGCAACAGUAAGCUGCGACGCCUCAUGACCUUCGCCUGGCCCUGCCUGCUGCCCAAGGCGUGCGUGGACCCCGCCUGCAAGUACAGCGGCCAUCUGCUGCUGGCACACAUCAUCGCCAAGUUUGCCAUUCACAAGAAGAUUGUUCUGCAGGUGUUCCACAGCCUGCUAAAGGCCCACACCAUGGAGGCUCGGGCUAUUGUGCGCCAGGCCAUGGCCAUUCUGACCCCAGCCGUGCCUGCCCGGAUGGAGGAUGGUCACCAGAUGUUGACCCACUGGACCCGCAAAAUCAUUGUGGAGGAGGGGCACACCGUGCCGCAGCUGGUCCACAUACUGCACCUCAUAGUGCAACACUUCAGGGUGUACUACCCCGUUCGUCACCACCUGGUGCAGCACAUGAUCAGUGCCAUGCAGCGCCUGGGCUUCACCCCCAGUGUCACCAUUGAGCAGAGGAAGCUGGCCGUGGACCUGGCUGAGGUGGUCAUCAAGUGGGAACUGCAGAGAAUCAAAGAGCAGCAGCCGGAAUCGGAGACUGAUGCGGGAACCAGUGGUGAGGGGACCAGUGGGGCAUCUGGUGCUGUAAAAAGAGGCCUCUCUGUGGACGCUGCCACCGGGCCGGAUGUUAAGAGGUUCCGCACAGCUACUGGCGCCGCCACCACAGUGUUUGGCCGUAGCCAGUCCAUGCCUGGCACAGAGACGUUGCUCACCAAGCCGGUGGAGAAACAGCACACUGACACUGUGGUCAACUUCCUCAUCAGGAUUGCCUGCCAGGUGAAUGAUACCACCAAUGUAACGGGUUCACCAGGCGAGCUGUUGUCCCGCCGCUGUGUCAGUCUGAUGAAGACUGCCCUCAGACCUGACAUGUGGCCCCGAGCUGAACUCAAGCUGCAGUGGUUCGACAAGCUGCUCAUGACCGUGGAGCAGCCAGCCCAGGCCAACUUUUCCAACAUCUGCACUGGGCUGGAGAUUCUCUGUUUUCUGCUGACGGUGCUCCAGUCUCCAGCCAUACUGACUCACUUCAAGCCCCUCCAACGAGGCAUCGCCGCCUGCAUGACCUGCGGCAACACCAAAGUCCUGCGGGCUGUCCACUCCCUCCUCUCUCGCCUCAUGAGUAUCUUCCCCACAGAGCCCAGCACAUCAACUGUGGCAUCCAAGUAUGAGGAGCUGGAGUGUCUGUAUGCUGCAGUGGGCAAGGUCAUUUAUGAAGGACUCACCAACUAUGAAAAAGCCACCAGCAGCCCCAAUCCAACACAGCUCUUUGGAACACUGAUGAUCCUGAAGUCUGCCUGCAGCUACAAUGCCAGCUACAUCGACCGGCUCAUCUCCGUCUUCAUGCGCUCAUUACAGAAGAUGGUGAGAGAACACCUGAGCCCCCAGCAGACCAACCCUGGGGCCACUGAAACCAGCACAGUGACCAGUGAGCUUGUGAUGCUUAGCCUUGACCUGGUGAAGACCCGGCUGUCUGUCAUGAGCAUGGAGAUGAGGAAGAGUUUCAUCCAGGUCAUCCUCACCUCACUGAUAGAGAAGUCACCUGAUGCCAAGAUCCUCCGUGCCGUGGUCAAGAUUGUGGAGGAGUGGGUGAAGAACAACUCGCCCAUGGCAGCCAACCAGAUGCCCAACCUACGCGAGAAGUCCAUCCUGCUGGUGAAGAUGAUGACCUACAUCGAGAAGCGUUUCCCCGAUGACCUUGAGUUAAACGCCCAGUUUCUGGACCUCGUUAAUUACGUCUACAGGGACGAGAGUCUUUCAGGAAGUGACAUCACGUCCAAGCUGGAGCCCGCCUUUCUGUCAGGGCUGCGAUGCUCCCAGCCGCUGAUCAGGGCCAAGUUCUUUGAGGUGUUUGAUGCCUCUAUGAAGCGGCGCGUUUAUGAGAGGCUUCUCUACAUCUGCUGUUCCCAGAACUGGGAGGCCAUGGGCAGCCACUUCUGGAUCAAACAGUGUAUAGAGCUACUGCUGGCGGUGUGCGAGCGCAACACCUUCAUUGGAACCAGCUGCCAGGGUUCUAUGCUCCCGUCCAUCACCAAUGUCAUCAACCUGGCUGACAGCCACGACCGCGCCGCCUUCGCCAUGGCAACGCACAUCAAGCAGGAGCCACGGGAGAGGGAGAACAGCGAGACCAAGGAGGAGGAUGUGGAGAUAGACAUUGAAUUGGCACCAGGUGACCAGACGGCCAUUCCCAAGACUAAAGAGCAGGCUGAGAGAGACGCAGGAAACCAGCUGCACAUGCUGACCAACCGCCAUGACAAAUUCCUGGAUUCUCUGCGAGACGUCAAGACGGGGGCCCUCCUGAAUGCCCUAGUUCAGCUCUGCCACAUUUCCACCCCUCUGGCUGAGAGGACCUGGGUUCAGCUCUUCCCUCGUCUCUGGAAGAUUCUAUCUGACAGGCAGCAGCAUGCUCUUUCAGGGGAAAUGAGUCCGUUCCUGUGCAGUGGUAGUCACCAGGCCCAGAGAGACUGUCAGCCCAGUGCUCUGAACUGUUUUGUGGAGGCCAUGUCUCAGUGUGUUCCUCCUAUUCCCAUCCGGCCCUGCGUGCUCAAGUACUUGGGCAAGACCCACAACCUGUGGCUGCGCUCCACCCUGAUGCUGGAGCAGCAAGCCUUUGAGAAGGGGCUCAGCCUGCACAGCAAACCCAAGCAGAGCACCGAGUUCUACGAACAGGAGAGCAUCACGCCUCCUCAACAGGAGAUCCUGGACUCCCUGGCGGAGCUCUACUCUCUCCUUCAGGAGGAGGACAUGUGGGCUGGGCUUUGGCAGAAGAGGUCCAAGUUCCCAGAGACCGCCACAGCCAUCGCCUACGAACAGCACGGCUUCUUUGAACAGGCCCAGGAAAGCUAUGAGAAGGCCAUGGAGAAGGCCAGGAAAGAGCACGAGCGGAGCAACGUCUCUCCGGCUAUCUUCCCAGAGUACCAGCUCUGGGAGGACCACUGGAUACGCUGUUCUAAGGAGCUAAACCAGUGGGAGCCCCUGACGGAGUAUGGCCAGUCUAAAGGCCACUCCAACCCCUACCUGGUGCUGGAGUGUGCCUGGAGGGUUUCAAACUGGGCUGCCAUGAAGGAGGCUCUGGUCCAGGUGGAGCUGAGCUGUCCUAAGGAGAUGGCGUGGAAGGUGAACAUGCACCGUGGCUACUUGGCCAUUUGCCACCCUGAGGAGCAGCAGCUGAACUUCAUCGAGCGGCUGGUGGAGAUGGCCUCCAGCCUGGCCAUCCGCGAAUGGAGGAGGCUGCCGCACAUCGUCUCCCACGUGCACACGCCGCUGCUGCAGGCCGCCCAGCAAAUUAUUGAGCUGCAGGAGGCAGCGCAGAUCAACAUGGGACUCCAGCCGGCCAACCUGGGCCGGAGCACCAGCCUCCACGACAUGAAGACGGUGGUGAAGACCUGGAGGAACCGACUGCCUAUCGUGUCCGACGACCUGUCCCACUGGAGCAGCAUCUUCAUGUGGCGCCAGCACCACUACCAAGCAAUAGUGACGGCCUAUGAGACCAACACACAGCACGACCCCAACAACAACAACGCCAUGCUGGGAGUCCAUGCGUCAGCCUCUGCCAUUAUCCAAUAUGGCAAGAUAGGACGUAAACAGGGUUUGGUGAACGUGGCUUUGGACAUACUAAGUCGUAUCCACACCAUCCCUACCGUGCCCAUUGUGGACUGCUUCCAGAAGAUCCGACAGCAGGUCAAAUGUUACCUGCAGCUGGCCGGAGUCAUGGGCAAGAACGAGUGCAUGCAGGGACUGGAGGUGAUUGAGUCUACAAACCUGAAGUACUUCACCAAGGAAAUGACUGCUGAAUUUUACGCUCUCAAGGGAAUGUUCCUGGCUCAGAUUAACAAGUCAGAGGAGGCCAACAAAGCCUUCUCAGCAGCUGUGCAGAUGCAUGAUGUGCUGGUGAAGGCCUGGGCCAUGUGGGGCGACUACCUGGAGAACAUCUUUGUCAAAGACCGCCAGCUCCACCUGGGUGUGUCUGCCAUCACCUGUUACCUCCACGCCUGCCGCCACCAGAAUGAGAGCAAGUCCCGCAAGUACCUGGCCAAGGUGCUAUGGCUGCUGAGCUUUGAUGACAAGAACACGCUGGCAGACGCCGUGGACAAGUACUGCAUUGGAGUCCCACCCAUUCAGUGGUUGGCAUGGAUACCGCAACUGCUCACCUGUCUGGUGGGCUCCGAGGGCAAACCACUGCUCAACCUGAUAAGCCAGGUGGGACGAGUGUAUCCCCAGGCUGUCUACUUCCCCAUCCGCACCCUCUACCUGACGCUGAAAAUCGAGCAGAGAGAACGCUACAAGAGUGACUCAUCAGGCCAGCAGCAGCCCACCUCGGUGGGGGCCCAGCCUCACUCUGGGGCUUCGGAUCCAGGCCCCAUCCGGGCCACAGCCCCCAUGUGGCGCUGCAGCCGCAUCAUGCACAUGCAGAGAGAGCUACACCCUACCCUGCUCUCCUCCCUGGAGGGCAUUGUUGACCAGAUGGUCUGGUUCAGGGAGAACUGGCAUGAAGAGGUCUUAAGGCAGCUCCAGCAGGGUCUGGCCAAGUGCUACUCAGUUGCGUUUGAGAAGAGCGGUGCUGUAUCCGACGCCAAGAUCACGCCACACACACUCAACUUCGUCAAGAAGCUGGUCAGCACGUUUGGCGUUGGUCUGGAGAACGUCUCCAACGUCUCCACUAUGUUCUUUAGCGCCGCCUCUGAGUCGCUGGCCCGCCGGGCACAGGCCACGGCCCAGGACCCCGUCUUCCACAAGAUGAAGGGACAGUUCACAACAGACUUUGACUUCAGUGUGCCGGGGUCCAUGAAGCUGCAUAACCUGAUCUCAAAGUUGAAGAAGUGGAUCAAGAUUCUUGAGGCCAAGACCAAACAGCUCCCCAAGUUCUUCCUCAUCGAGGAAAAAUGCCGCUUCCUCAGCAACUUCUCAGCACAGACAGCUGAGGUGGAGAUCCCCGGCGAGUUCCUCAUGCCCAAGCCCACACACUACUACAUCAAGAUCGCCAGGUUCAUGCCCCGGGUGGAGAUCGUGCAGAAACACAACACAGCUGCCCGACGUCUCUACAUCCGCGGUCACAAUGGGAAGAUCUACCCAUACCUGGUGAUGAAUGAUGCCUGUCUGACCGAGUCCCGGCGAGAGGAGCGUGUUCUCCAGCUCCUGCGCCUCCUCAACCCCUGCCUGGAGAAGAGGAAGGAGACCACCAAGAGACACCUCUUCUUCACUGUUCCGCGGGUUGUGGCGGUGUCUCCUCAGAUGAGGCUGGUGGAGGACAACCCGUCCUCUCUGUCCCUAGUGGAGAUCUACAAGCAACGCUGCGCCAAGAAGGGUAUCGAACACGACAACCCCAUCUCCCGUUAUUAUGACCGCCUGGCCACCGUGCAGGCCCGGGGCACGCAAGCCAGCCACCAGGUGUUGCGAGAUAUUCUGAAGGAGGUGCAGGGCAACAUGGUCCCCCGCAGCAUGCUGAAGGAGUGGGCCCUCCACACCUUCCCCAACGCAACCGACUACUGGACCUUCCGCAAGAUGUUCACCAUCCAGCUGGCCCUCAUCGGCCUGGCUGAGUUCAUGCUCCACCUCAACCGCCUCAACCCCGAGAUGCUGCAGAUCGCACAGGACACUGGGAAGCUCAACGUCUCCUACUUCCGCUUCGAUAUUAACGAUGCAACAGGUGACCUGGACGCCAACCGCCCCGUCCCGUUCCGCCUGACGCCCAACAUCUCUGAGUUCCUCACAACCAUCGGUGUAUCCGGUCCGCUCACUGCCUCCAUGAUCGCCGUUGCCCGCUGCUUCGCACAGCCCAACUUCAAGGUGGACGGCAUCCUGAAGGCGGUCCUCCGCGAUGAGAUCAUUGCCUGGCACAAGAAAACCCAGGAGGACACAUCCAUGCCACUGUCCCCUGCUGGACAACCAGAGAACAUGGACUCCCAGCAGCUGGUCUCAUUGGUCCAGAAGGCUGUCACGGCCAUCAUGACCCGUCUACACAACCUGGCCCAGUUCGAGGGCGGUGAGAGUAAAGUCAACACGCUGGUGGCUGCAGCCAACAGCCUGGACAACCUGUGUCGCAUGGACCCCGCCUGGCACCCCUGGCUCUGAGGAAGGAGGGAUGAGACAGAGGACGGAGACAAGAUGAAGCUGUAGUUCAGCAGUGGCAGAGAUAAGGCAUGAAGGAUGAAAAUGGUUCAUUUGCUUAUUCACCUGACCGACUGCAGACGGGCGUAAAUUCUCUGUGUGGUGUCUCGUAUUAUAGUUCCACUGAUGAAGGGACGCUGGAAUGGUUUUCAAACUGGGACUGAGUUGAACCGAGCGCUGCGACUAAUUUUUUUGAUUUGGGGCGCUCCGAUCUCAGUAGUCAAAUCUGGACUGAUGUGACUUUUUUAUGAAAUGUUAGUUUUCUCCUCCAACACAGUAAUUUAUUUUUAUAGAGACGACAGGAACGCCAGCCUCUUUUUGAUCUUUAAGCCUCUUUCUACGUAGUCACCAUGUGGUGAACAUCAGCAGACUGACAGCAGGGACGAUAUUUGGCAGGAAGCAGGACAUGAUUGUUUUACGGGAUGGGAAAGGCCCUCGGUGCCUGGUGUCAUAUUUCCAUCUGUACAGAACAGGGCAGCUCAGUGCCUGUUAGUAACCUUCAGUUCAGUCAGAGGUGCUGGACAGUUGACACGUUUUUACAUGUUUUUCUACCUAGUGACGUCUAGUUCCCCUCCUUGUCCCGACAGAAUGUAAAAUCAUGUGUUCCUGUGAAUAUCAGAAUGUUUUCCCUCCCAUAUGUGUUGUUAAGAUGUCUGAACUACUUCUAAAGCCAUUUUACCAGAACGUUUACCACCUGGUGUCCAAAACAAGAAGCUCACAGCAGCAAACGGCGCCUGUGACUCCCAGAGUCAAACUGACCACCUCUUCUGUUCAGUCACCUGUCAGAGCCGCUAAACCAACUAACUCCAGCCUCAAAAUGCCCAAAGCCCAGACGACCAGGUAGCUUAGUGGUCUAUUCCGUUGCCUACCAACAUAGGGAUCUCCGGUUCGAAUCCCCGUGUUAACUCCGGCUUGGUCGGGCGUCCCUACAGACACAAUUUGCCAUGUCUGUGGGUGGGAAGCCGGAUGUAGGUAUGUGUCCUGGUUGCUGCACUAGCGCCUCCUCUGGUCAGUCAGGGAGGGGGAACAGCAUGAUCCUCUCACGUGCUACGUCCCCCUGCUGAAACUCCUCACUGUCAGGUGAAAAGAAGCGGCUGGUGACUCCACAUGUAUCGGAGGAGACACGGUAGUCUGCAGCCCUCCCCUUAGCAGAGACCGGGAUGGCUCGGAAGAGUGGGGUAAUUGGCCAAGUACAGUUUUGGGGGGGGAAAA